CGGAUUUUAUUCAUCCAAUUCUCAAGUACCAACUUUAGCUUCAAGUCCUCCAUCUGCUUCUGGGUUAUCAUUUCCAACUUUUCAUACGCAGAUGCUGUUUAACCCUCAAAAUUUUGAGUUAGGAACUUUAUUCUCUAUUGAUAAUAGUUCAACAGAAGUGACAUCGAGUAAUAUGCCUAAAUAUGGCAGGUCAUCAAGUUAUCGCGGGAAAAAUCGAAAACCUGGUUACAAGAUGGGAGGUGGUAAUGAAAGUCGUAAUUUAAUGUCAAUUCCAAAAACAGGGUCUUUUGAGGGGUCAGAUUCCAGUAGGAUGAUGAUACCCGCGGAGAGUACAUUUGAUUUUCAAAUAGAAAAACCAAAUAUCCCUUCCAUCCAGCCUACACCGACAUCAUCAAUAUUUAAAUUUAAUCAAGAGAUUCCUAGUGUACCCACUGAACCCAUGUUUACAACUAAUGGGACAACUUCAAACACUUUCAAUUUUCAAUCGAGCUUUUCAUCACAAUCUUCAUCUACACCGGUGACCUUUGGUAAUAGCUUUGGAUUAAACCUCAAUCAGCCAGAGACACCAACAACUUUUAGCACAGUUAAUAAUAGUUCUAAUAGUUUUAUGAGUAUAAACGGUAGUGGUCAACUUUUCCAGAACGGAACGAACAUUAAAAGUUCACAGCCAAGUAAUAUUGAUGGUAGAGAAAUAAGAAAAAUGCGUAAACCUCGAGUGAAAUAA